UAAGGUGCUACUGAAGGAAUUUUUUUUUAUUUUGCUUCGACUCAGACCAACAUGGCUACCUACCUGCUUAGUGCAGGCAUCCCCAAACUUCGGCCCUCCAGAUGUUUUGGACUACAAUUCCCAUCAUCCCUAACCACUGGUCCUGUUAGCUAGGGAUCAUGGGAGUUGUAGGCCAAAACAUCUGGAGGGCCGCAGUUUGGGGGUGCCUGGCUUAGUGAGUAUGUUAGAGAGGGAAUGAGUAAGUGAGGGGGUAGUGCUGGUAGAAGGUGGAAAUUUGGGAGAGACUGGAAAUGUGUUUAAGCUGGCUGGAGGGAGGCAUUAACCGUGGUGGUUGCAUUAUAAGGUACGCCCUUGAGGUCGAGCCAAGGGUGUAGGUGGAGCUGUGUUUAAUUCAGGUGGUAUACCUUUGGGCCAGGGAAGCCUUAGCACUGUGUGGAUGCUAUAGCCACCUGUAGCCCUCAGGCUAGGGUGUGGCGUGAUUCCUUUAAAAUACCCUUGUUUUUCCUCUUUUGCAGAGCUUUUAAUAUUGAAGCACUUUAAUCCUUUCACUCAUUUCUUUUCAAAAUAACCCAGUGAACAAGUUUACUGUUCCCAUUUUACAGGUGGGGUGUUAACUGAUAGAAUUGCUUGCCUGAAGGUAGCCUAGUGAGCUCAUGCUACCUGAACCCAGGUGUUUCAGACUAAAGCUCUUCAUCUGUUUUUUGGAUUUAUAUCAUAGCUGCCAAGUUUUCCCUUUUCUCACGAGGAAGCCUAUUCAGCAUAAGGGAAUUUCCCUUUAAAAAGGGGAUAACUUGGCAGCUAUGAUUUAUAUUUUGUCUUUCAUUUCAUAAAGUUUUCAAGAUACUUCACUACAGAAUAAAACAGUUUAUUCAGUCUGUAUAACAGUGGCUGAGUUUGGAUGUAAUCCUGGCCUUAAAUCGUAGGAUGAACAAACCUUGAGCUCUCCCAAUCCAUUCUUAGGGAAACAAACAAUGAAGCAGAUGGCUUAGUGUUGCGUUUGAACCAGUGAUUAUGGUUGCUUUAGAUGCAACUCUAUAUUUUGUUUCCCUGCUCCAGAUAGGGAGAAGUGAAUGGUAAACUAGCAUGCAAACUGGUUUGCUUAACCAUAGUUUAUAACCAGCACUGUAACCCAACCCAGCCAGUGUGUUAAAACUGCAAUAAAAGUACAGUAUUAAAACACUGAACCAUUAUUAAAAACAACACAGCCAGAGAUAAAAGCAGGAGCUGAAACUAUUGGAGGACUGAAGAGGUUAAUUGAAAAUCCGGGGAAACACUUUUAAUGCCUAAAAAAUAAUGUUAGACAAACUUGUCUAAGGGGAGAGUUAUAUAAUGUAGGGUGCUAUGACAAAAAAGGCCACUUCUGUGCCCACCAGUUGCCUAAUGGGCAGCUUUAUAUGGAAAAGGGCAGUGUUUUACAUACUUGGGUACCAGGCUAUUUACAGCUUCAAAAAUAGUGCUGAGACACAAUUUUUUCUCAAAUGAAAACUUGGACAGAAAUGGCUUACUUUUGCCCUCCUGCCACCAUGUGUUUUGCUGCUGCACUCCUCCCACCCAGAGACAGUUAUUUUUCUAUUUCUCAGAAUCCUUCCAGAGCAGUGAGUGCUUCAUUAUGACAAAACAUCAGUUGGAUGGGGGAAAUAAAAAUUGUGACUGCCAUCAUGAACAUCCUACCAUGGCUAUCAGAUGUAUGUUUUGUAGCCUCCUGCUAAUUUCACACCCCUGGAAGAAUUGUCAAGAUGCUUCCCCUACUUUUGGCACCUGCAGGUGGAGCCUAUUUUUGAACUGGGCCCCAUUUGAAAAGGUUAAUACCAAAAUGGAAGUCAGGACAGUUCUUUCAAUGAUAUUAAUAGGUACAUACCACUCAACUCUUGCAUUCACUUAGUGAUCUGGUUUGCACAUAACGCUGUCUCUUGAUUUAUUAAACUAGGGUUCAUUAAACCUUGGCUUGUUUGAUUUUCUGAUACCUGCCCAGUGGGCUCGGUUUUUUAUUUGUUGGUUUGUUUUUAAGGGGAAAAAACAGGUGCAUCAAUAAAUUUAUGUGAGUCUGCUCUGAAUAUGAUUAGUAUUGAAGACAACCCAUGAAGUUCUGUGGCUUUCAGGACUGGUUGGCUUGCUUUGCCUGCCUGCUCAGCCAGUAGAAUCUCUGACUUGGAAGCAAUGCUUUUGAUACAAACAAGCCAUGCAAUAGUUCUGAAUGAGAAGCGUCCUGAUGCCUGCAUUACAGAGUUCUGCAAUCAGGACAGCUACCUGAGUUUCAGAGCCUCACUGAUCAAUGAAUCUUGUUGGUUGGCCUUUGGCAAUUUCCUUUCUUUCCUUGCCUAAUGUAACUCACUGAGUAGAGAGAAAUGUUUGGAGUGAGGGGUAGGAAAGGAAAUCUGAAAUGGUUUUCCUCACUCAGCCCCCCAUUUUUAAGUCAGUUCACCAAAUUUCGAAUCCAGACAAGUUCCAGAAGCAAUACUGUUAUGUCAGGAAGCAAUCUCGCAUGUUUUAGGGCUCUACGAUCUUGCAUGAGAGCGUGGCCCCCCAAGAACAGGAUGUACUAGACAGCUGGGUGGGAUUUAUGGUGAUUACUGUUUUAUGGUGAUUUUGCUUACUGUGGCUUUUUUUUGCAUUUGAAUUGCAAACUCCCUUUGAUCCAAUAUACAUUAAAAGAGGAUAAUCACCAAAUAAGUUUGCUAUGAAUCCCUUCCCCCAGUAUGGUAUGUUAAUGCCCCAAGUCCUUUGAAGAAGGGCUUUUUUGCUUACAGGACUGAGAACUGCAGUUAGGAGCUACCAUUUUAUUCUGGAAAACACCAGGUAGGCUACAUUCAGGUGAGCUAGUUGCAUUCGUGUUUCUGAUAAUGAACCUUAUUGGCUUUGUGACCUUGAAUGCUGUAAAGCUCCUUCGCAUGAUAGGGAACUCUUCUGUGGAGAAAAGGGAUUCAGCCUCUUCAGAUCUAAAGCAGAGUAUAGCCCAGGCAUCCCCAAACUGCGGCUCUCCAGAUGUUUUGGCCUACAACUCCCAUGAUCCCUAGCUAACAGGACCAGUGGUCAGGGAUGAUGGGAAUUGUAGUCCAAAACAUCUGGAGGGCCAAAGUUUGGGGAUGCCUGGCAUAGCCCCUCUGGGAAAACUAGGAGCUCCACAAGCUCUGACCCCUGGAAGCAGCAGCAACCUAGGCAGAUGUCAGUGGGUGUUCUUGGGGUGGGAUAAUGAGAAAUCAAUCUUUCACUAACUUCAGUGUACCCUUCUGAUGUAAAUUCUUCCCUUCAGGCAUACCAGCCCCAGCAGAUUCUGCUCUCAUUCCCCUGUUCCAUUCCCACAUCAGGGCAGUGGCUGCUCUUGGCUUUGGGACAUUUCCCAUUAGGGUAAUGUGCAUUUCGUAAUCUGGACUUUCUGACCACUGUUGGCAGCUCUAUUUAUCACAGAGGAGACAGCUUACUCGAAAUAAACCCGGUUAAGCUCACAGCGCUAAGAAUAGUAAAAAGACCCCAAUUGCACAGCCAAGAGGGCCCUCUUCUCAUCUUAACACAUAAGCAUGGUGAUAAACUCUCCUUUAUUGGUGCUAAUCUGACUAUUUGCAUGAAAGCAACGUGUGAGCAAUCCUACCAGUUUUCAUUCCCUCCACGGUGCCUGCUCAGUCCCUCUUGCAAAUCUCCACUGCUAUAUUCAUCUCCUUGAGUUUAUUAUCCGGUGUGUUCUUGAAUGACCCCCCCCCUCCACCCCUGCCCCUCUGUGAGUCAGACUUCGACAAAUUUUGCUUGCGGAGUUGUUUUUGCAUGUCUGAGCUUGGUAUUCUUGAACCAAAAAGGGUUUUGUGACAUGUUACAACUUUUGUAUUUUUUGCUUCCUUCCUACUGCUUGCUCACUCUUUAUUCAUCCCUCCACCCUCAGCCUCCCCCCUCCUUGUCAAGACUGACAAUUUUGCUUAUGGCAUCUCGACAUCACCUUGUAAUGUUUUCAGAGAUUUUGUUUACCAUGAACUCUGAGCACUUUGCAUGCACAAGGCUAGAGCAUUCUUUAGAUGGGCCAUUUCUAAAAGAUACAGUUGAUACAAUGGGGAAGGAUAUGUGGUUUGUUCAGGGCUGUUUAAUGUCUCUAGAGAGGUAAAUAGUGUUGGGUACUUAAUCAGAGAGGACCCACAGAGCCCCUCCACACUCAACAUCUGGAAUCUUUGCAAUGAAGGUUAGCCUAGAUCAGUGUUUCCCAACCUUGGGUCGCCAGCUGUUUUUGGACUACAACUCCCAUCCUCCCUAGCUAGCAAGACCAGUGGUCAGGAAUGAUGGGAACUGUAGUCCAAAAACAGCUGGAGUACCCAAGGUUGGGAAACACUGGCCUAGAUAUCCUUAUACAUAAAUAUCGUAUUUUUCCAUGUAUAAGACUAGGUUCCCCCCUAAAAAUAAUGUCAAAGAUUAGGGGGCGUCUUAUGCACAGAUACAUCUCCCCCCAUUUUCUUAAAUCUUAGUAUGCCGUUAGGUGGCGCUUUACAAACACUACUGUUUUGCAAAGAGGCAGCGCACGCAUUCUACUAACGCUCACCUCCCCAAGAUGCUUUGCGCGCGUCGGCUUCAUUUGUGCGCUACUGCGCAGGUACCCUGUCUUCUCCAUUCCCCUCCCUCCUCCCUGGACUCUUAUAAAAAGACUCUUAAUUUGGCUCUCACUUUUUAAUUUUAGGAUUAGGAAUUAAUGGGGGUCCUUGUCACAAUAGCGGCUCGAUGAGGGGUCCUCGAGAAAAUUUUGUUGGGAACCCCUGCUCUACUGUUUCUUUCCACUUGAUCCCCCCCCCUUUGGUGGGGGGAGUGGAGAUAGUGGGCUGGUUGCUCUGAUUGUAUUUCAUUCCUGCCACACUUGGUUAGUUUUUCAAACUUGACCACUUGCCUCAUAAAAUUAGAAACUCAUUAUCAAAGGUCAAUUGGAAGAGUGUCCUCAUGAACUCUGCCCUCUUAAGCUGUCCAGUUUUGUAAUGUGGGGCAACUCCAGCGCGUUGACCUGGCCUUCUCCAGUUUCUCACUGGCAAGGCCUUUCGGAACAAGAUGUGGUUACAGACAGCCCUAAUCCGGCAAGCUGCUUUUCCCUCCAGCAUAAUCUAGGCAAGCGCUUUCUCUUUAGGGAUGUGUGGAACAUCCCCGGUUUAGUUACGCAUAAAUAGUCCCCUCGCUGAAAAGUGCCAUCACGUGUUCCAGGAGUGACGCUUAUCUGCAAGAACCCUCCUUGCAAGAGUAGGAUUUUCUACAUGAUCCAGUUUGCGGACCAAAAGCAAGAAUUCAACAAGCGCCCCACAAAGAUUGGCCGCCGUUCAUUGUCCCGAUCCAUCUCUCAGUCGUCAACGGAUAGCUACAGCUCUGCUGCCUCCUACACAGACAGCUCUGACGAUGAGACCUCCCCCCGGGACAAGCAGCAGAAGAACACCAAAGGCAGCAGUGACUUCUGCGUGAAAAAUAUCAAGCAGGCUGAGUUUGGGCGCCGGGAAAUAGAAAUUGCCGAGCAAGAAAUGCCUGCGCUCAUGGCCUUGAGGAAACGAGCUCAGGGAGAGAAGCCGUUGGCUGGAGCCAAGAUCGUGGGCUGCACGCACAUCACAGCCCAGACUGCUGUUCUCAUGGAAACCCUUGGUGCCUUGGGUGCUCAGUGCCGGUGGGCUGCCUGCAACAUCUACUCCACCCUCAAUGAAGUAGCUGCUGCCCUAGCUGAGAGUGGAUUCUCUGUUUUUGCCUGGAAGGGAGAAUCUGAGGAUGACUUCUGGUGGUGCAUUGAUCGCUGUGUCAAUGUUGAAGGGUGGCAGCCAAAUAUGAUCUUAGACGAUGGUGGGGAUCUCACACACUGGAUCUACAAGAAGUACCCCAACAUGUUUAAGAAGAUCAAGGGGAUCGUAGAGGAGAGUGUCACUGGGGUCCACAGAUUGUACCAGCUAUCAAAGGCAGGCAAGCUGUGCGUCCCAGCUAUGAAUGUCAACGACUCUGUCACCAAGCAGAAGUUUGACAACCUCUAUUGCUGCCGGGAAUCCAUUUUAGAUGGCCUUAAAAGGACAACCGAUAUGAUGUUUGGAGGAAAGCAAGUCGUAGUCUGUGGCUACGGAGAGGUGGGCAAGGGCUGCUGUGCUGCACUGAAGGCCAUGGGCUCCAUUGUGUACGUGACAGAGAUUGACCCCAUUUGUGCCCUGCAAGCCUGCAUGGAUGGCUUCCGUCUUGUGAAACUCAACGAAGUGAUUCGGCAAGUCGACAUUGUUAUCACUUGCACAGGUAACAAAAAUGUAGUGAUCAGAGAACAUCUUGACAGAAUGAAGAACAGUUGCAUUGUUUGUAACAUGGGGCAUUCCAACACUGAAAUUGACGUGGCAAGCUUGCGUACCCCGGAGCUGACAUGGGAGCGGGUGAGGUCUCAGGUAGACCAUGUGAUUUGGCCUGACGGGAAGAGGAUAGUGCUGUUGGCAGAGGGGCGCUUGCUGAACCUGAGCUGCUCCACAGUCCCAACCUUUGUGCUGUCAAUAACAGCGACUACCCAGGCUCUGGCCUUGAUAGAGCUCUACAACGCCCCGGAAGGACGCUACAAGCAGGACGUCUACCUGCUGCCUAAAAAAAUGGAUGAGUAUGUGGCAAGUCUUCAUCUCCCAACAUUCGACGCACACCUGACGGAGCUUUCGGAUGAGCAAGCGAAAUACUUGGGUCUAAAUAAACACGGGCCUUUCAAACCAAACUACUACAGGUAUUAAUUUCCUGUGGCUGUAGCUGGAAGGAAGGGGAGGAGCAAGAACCUCAAGACCUCUCUCGGCUACCGUACAGGACAAACCAGUACAAGCUUCUGAACAUAGAACCAGGCUUGCUGCCGUAGUACACAGUGUGUUAGGUUAUUUAUUUAUUAAACUAGAAUACUGUAAAUGCGGCCUCUGCCAAUGGUGUUUUUUAAACUGCCAUGGGACUGUGAGAUGAUGGACUUUGGGGGGUGUUUUUUGGGGGGUGGGGAGUGGAAAGCUGUCGUUGGGGGCUGGGGAAGGAGAGAGAUUGUCUGGCCAAGUGAAUUUUACCGCAGAUUAUGUCAGCUUCAAGCAAUCUUGUUAUCACUGUUAUGUCUAAUCCAGUGUACAAAUUAACAAAGGGGGUUGGCAGAGAGCAGCCAAAGUUGGAUGGGCGUGAGAGAGCCAGGAGCCAUCACUCUGGGUUUCCUUAGCUUCUCUCUCUCUCUCUCUCUCUCUCUCUCUCUCGUGUUUUUAAGCCAUGGCAGUUGGGAAAGUGGCUGAUUAGGAGCUUCCCCCUGCUGCUUUAAUGUGGAAGCCUCGCAAGUCCACUCCACAUGCUGCUAAGACACUUGCAACCUCAUUGCGGGGGGAAACCUUGUUCUGAAUUUAGCUGCUUGUGCAAAGGGGAGGGGCGGCAGCUUUUGGAGAGCAGGCCAGGCAAAUGCUGCCCCCCCCCCACACCUACCUUGCUGGGGUCUGUGGAGCAGGCACCCUUUUUUGCAUAAGAUCAUUGUUGUGCUUCUGCAAUAGCCUUGCAGGUUUUAUAUGCAAGUCGCGAUGAGCUCCCUCCCUCCCUAUGCCUACCAAAGCUUCAUUCUUGCAGGACUUGUUGGGGCAUUACAUGCUCAGCCUGACGAUAAGCAGCCAAGCAACUUGUGUCGGCCAGUGCGGAACAGGGCAGCACAACGCUGGCAGGCCUGCUAGCGAGAACCCUUCUCGUCCCACGAUCCUCCUCUCUGUGCCAAGGGAUUGUAGUCCUUGCUGAGAAUAGACUUUGAGACCCACCUGUGUUUGGUUUUAGGAAAUGUCCAAGUCUCUCCCCCGCCCCCCCCCCGCCCCGGUUGGGCAGCUGUUGCUUUUUGAACAGGCGCUGCCGUCAACAUCCUGCAAAUGUGACCUGGGCAUUCAUUUGCGCAAACUCAAAUCUGCUUUCCAGUUGUUUGCAGGGUUCUGGUAACGUGAAGUGAACCAGCGAUGCUCUCCGAUCAUGGUUGAAUUUGUCAAUGAUGCUGGGCCUGAGCCAGUGGGAACAUUUCCUGGGCGAGGCACUUUGAAAUGGAUGAGCCUUGAGCUGCCUUGGUCUUGCACGUCUCCCGCGAUCCAUUUUGAAAGCGCCUUGUGCGGGGAUUCUCCUGCUGGGUCGUUCCUGUUGUGUCCCGAUUCUGCGCUAAAGGGAAACCCCACCCAAACUGAUUUUGCCUUUCCAUUGGGCUGCCCCAGGCUUCACAGUAUCCUAUGAAAAGAGCACAGUUGCUCUCAGGUCCUGCCUGGGAGCUUCUUUACUGGGGCAUCUGCUGGAAACAGGAUGCUGGCUUUGGGGUAAUCCAGGCACUUCUGGUGUCCUCAGGCGCAGGCAAGACAACCUCAGGCUGCAUCCAGACCAAUAUUCCUCUUGCAGUUGUUUUUCCUUUUGUGUCUCUCCAUGCUGGUAUUAUUCUGGCACUGCCAGCCAUAGAUUUUUUUCUUUUUCUACGAUUAUUAACACUCCGCAUUGGCACAGUUGCAGCCAGGGGCCGAUACCCAUUCGAAUACAUUUUAUUCAUUUCACCAGGAAAGAGGGAAUGAAUCCCACCUUCGGAUAGGAUCACGAAAGACCUGGAUUCAGGGGUUUCUUAUCUUUUGCUGAAAGAACUUUGCUUGUGCAUUUGAUCUGCUACCUGAGUGCGUCAGAGCAACAGCACAGCAAAUUUCCUAGCAGGAGAUAGCUUGGAAAUGGAAAAAGGAAGAGUCUUCUGGUGGAGUCAGGAGACGGUGGGGCAGGGCAAGGAGCAAAGCUUUUGUUAAUUUAAGACUUAAGCUUUUGCUAGUGGGGAGGAGGAGGAGGAGAAAAGAGAAAAUGGGGUGCAGAGAGUUGCAAGGACUAGUUGUGUGGGUGCCUGUCUGGCUUUGUGUGGAAAUUUGCCCAAUCUCUGUACAUCCUUCAUAUUUUCCUUCAAAGGUUAGUCUGGCUGUGAUGUUUCUGGAGGGCAUGGCUAUUGUGAAGAGUCUGACUCUGCGAUUCUUCACCAGCUCUUAAAAAUCUGAUUGUGCGUUUUGUAAUACCAGUGAUAUAUAGGAAGGGGCCGUUGGGCAGUUUUGUUGCUUGUAAUACAAACUGGUUUCAUUCUUAACUUUUUAAAAAACAAAACAGAACACAUUUUUUGCUUCUCGUGAGUAUAGUUUGCACCUGCUUGACUUCAUCUGUCCGGUUUGUGUGGUGCCUGAGUCCUUGAGGAGGAACUGCCCAGACCCCCAGGACACUUGGGGAGCAAUUGGGGGAGGGCAGCCAUGUGGCAAGGAAGUUGGGAAAGAUUCAGGAUUCGGGCCCCAAUCUCAUGCUGGGGGCUGCAUUCACUUCUGCAUAGAAAAUGGUGGAAGGGCCAAUUCUGUGCCCUGCAGUGGAGGGAAUGCCUGUGGGAAUGCACCGCCGUCCUCCACCUGACUUGUGACUCUCGAUUUGAAUGCUCCUCCACAUGGACUUUGGAAUAUCACGAAGCGCACGGCCACCUUUGUUUGCUGCCCCCCCCCCAAAGGCCCAGAUCCUUGACUUAGUCGGGCAAGGCCUGUCUUGUCCUCUUUAGAUGGAGCAGCGUUGAACCCGCUACAAGAGAUAUGGCUCCAGUCGUAAGGCAGACCGGUGCUCCUAGGGUCGGUCCAAGCCCCUCUCACCCACCCAGGAUCUCGGCUGCCGGGCGUGAUAUACCCUCCCACUUCUCCAGGCAAGAGGCAACCGUUCUGCCUAUGGGACCCUAAAGGUGUGCAACUUGAAAGGGGUGAGUGCAGUGGGAGGGGGGGAAGGGGGGGUCACCUGUUCAGGGUCUGUCACUAGCUAGAGUGUGUGAUGGUGCUGUCCUCAUUUGUGAAUUUGUUUGCGUUAAUCAUUUUUAUCUUUGAUGUAGAGAAUGGCGGGAGGGAACAAACAAAAAUGUCCCACGGAAAGAGUUUUAUCUCCUCUGGAUUUCUUUUUGAAAAAAAAUUAAAAAAAAUCUUCCUCUGUUUCCUGCUUAUUUUUAUUUUAUUUUUUAUUUGUCUGUAAGCUUUUUCGCUUGCUCAGCAUUUCCUAAUCAGUCUGGAAUCGCCAUACGUCUGUGAUCAUCUCUAAAUUUUAAACAAGUGUAAUAAAUGUUUUAUUUUCUAAUGUAACAUUUCAAAGACUAUUUAAAAAGACAGGUAGGAGACACCAGCAAAACAAAAUGCGUCAUAAGGAAAAACGAUGGAUUGCGAUCCGAAUAUCUGAAACCAGGAAAAUAAAAAUCAUGUCAUAAUUCUCCAAUAAGGAAGUUAAAAAAAAACUUAUGAGAUUAUAAUAUUUUCAAAAAAGGAUGUUUUAAAUAUUAAUGUCUGAGUGAUUGUAUUAGAUCAGCAAUAAGGACUCUGUAAUCUCAAAAAUACAAAUAAAAUAUUGUAAAAUCCAAA